AAGUGAUCCGCCUUGGACAGUCGGACAAGGUUGCAGCCGCCGUACGCUGACCUCUUUGAGCAUUGUUGUACUCACUCGGCGUGCUUGUUGGACCACAAGGCUCCCAUGAUCGUCUACCUGUGACCAAGAAGAUUGCAAUCUGGGGCUGCCAUUCUUUUGUCCCCUUGCGUUUGCUUGCUUCCGUUUCCAAUUCACGCAGUGGCCCGGAACCUCGCCCGUGGUUGGGGCGGUGCUUAGUGUUGUGUUCCGAGAAACAGCAGCAGGGCCCGCAGCCUGAUCCGAAGAAAUCAUGCCGCCAUCUGACGACUUCCGUCGACGACCCAGUCAUGGGAGCCAUGAACUUCGCUCUACGCCUAGCCCUGUCAGCCCAACGGACUCUGGUUAUGGCUCUGCUGCUACGACGCCGUCCACACCAAGGAAAUCUGGCAAAGAGCAUCAGGGACGAUUGAUAGACCACUGGACCGAUAUUGACGGCGACCAGUCUGACUCGGACGAUCCUUUCAUCGACAGUGAUGACGAGCAGACAUUCAGCGGUAAAGUAGCCAGCUCAGCAGCCUCUGCAACAGCAAGAGAGGUACGGGAGGAUCAGGAGACAAAAUUGUUCACUCUGCCAAACCGGUGCCGUCUAAUCUUUCCGGCAUACCCUCCUUCGACGGCUAAACUUGGACAACGGGCUUCUAGCAGCACCUCGCUGCGUCAUCUAGACCGCUUCAUCCCUGCGAGACCUCAAGGGACAGCGUCCUCCGAAAGGUUCAGGACAAGCAAGUCACCGCAACAGUUGACCGCUGCAGAGAAGAUUCUCCGACACAGCGGAGCAACCGAAGACGCAUUUGUCUACCGCCGGAGGAUUCUAACCCCCCUUGCCCCCGAAUUCCGCUCACUAUCCCGCGCUGAGAUCGCAGCAAGCCGGAACAGAGGUCAGUCUCUCAAUGUUGGGGUUCGAGCUAAAUUAGUGCUUGCUAACUGCCCAGUAGUGGGCACUGUCCUUAGCCCACUGGAUCAGAAUAAUGUGGAAGGCAAUGAGACACAAGUCAACGACAACAUGGCGUUGAGCCCGGGACUUGGAGGAAUUGCCGUUAACAACGGCCGAGGCGAGUUAGUCAGGAGUGGGACUAACGCUCGGCUUUUCCGCGCCACAUUUCCAACGGUGAAACCGAAAAACGAUGAGCAGCUGGAGAAGUAUCGGGCUCGGCUCGCUGCCGCACUCGGAUUAGAUCGAGCGCAGCGCGUGCUCGAUGUCGGCUUAACGGUGAGCCAUGACGGCACCAGUUCCAACAAAUUAGGCCGCGUCCUGACUCAAUGGGACGGCUCGCAAUGGGUUAACGAAGGCCCCAUCCCGAAGGCUCAGAGGCCCCUGGGAAACCGAGCAUUGCCCGUAGCUCCAUUCAAGGUUCUCGAUGCCCCUAAUCUGCGGGAUGAUUUCUAUUGUUCGAACCUAGCAUAUUGCCCUACCGCACAGACGUUGGCUGUUGGCCUGGGCUGUUUGCUUUACGGCUGGUCUGAGACACGGGGCGUGCAGCUCCUCAAUGCUGGGACUGAUGCCAACUGCUAUCUAACUAGCUUGUCGUUCUCAUCGCCUGAGGGGUGCAAAGCAAUCCUCGCUUUCGGGCGAUCGACCAGCACAGAGAAGACCCUCUGUUUGAUGUCAUUAUACGAUGACCCAGAUCGGCCACUUGGCUGUCCCACGCCACGGUUUGAGAAGGAUUGUCCGUCCCCCGUUUCCUGUCUAAGCUGGAAGCCAGUUUGCACAAUCCGGCCGUCUCUGAACCCAUUCAAUCCUGGGGUUCCCGUCAAGACGGAAGAUCUUCUCGUCGGAAGUGAAGCUGGCCAUGUUUACUACUAUUCCGUCGAGUGGCCCGAGAGGUGGGAGGUGGAGCGCAACAACUGGAAAGGGGAAAUGACGAUGCUGGUCCAUAUCUCCAUUCAUUCCCAGCAGAUCUGCGGGCUGGCUUGGUCGGCCCACGGAGAAAUGUUUAGCACAGGGGCAAACGACAACCUGUGCUGCUUAUUCGAGACUGCCAAUGUCGUUGGAAAGCCAGCCAACGGCCACGGUGAGGAAGAGGAACACCAGGCCGAGUCGUCUUCUGCGGAGUAUGUGCGUACAGCCAGCGGGAUAUCAGACGCCCAAACCGAGAUCCAGGUCACUGAACUUGGCGGGGCCAAAGAGCUUAGGACUGGCGACGAGAAGCACCGGUGGGUGCAUGGAGCCGCGGUCAAGGCCAUUGCAUUUUGCCCCUGGCAAACUAGCCUGGUGGCGACUGGAGGGGGUUCCAACGAUAUGUGCAUCCAUUUCUGGCACACCGGGUCUGGUGCCGCGCUGGCAUCCAUCUCGGUUUCAGCCCAAGUGACCAGCCUAAUCUGGUCGACGACCCGCCACGAGAUUGCCGCCACCUUCGGCUUCGCCCAGCCAGAGCACCCGAUCCGCAUUGCUGUCUUCUCCUGGCCGGACUGCCGCCAGAUUGCCGCCGUACCUUGGAACGGCGAGCAUCGGGCGCUCUAUGCGAUCCCGUACCCUUGCGUAUCCCCUAGCGGCCCGGCCACGGAAAGGUCGAAUAGUAGAAGAAGGGACAAGAAGGCGCGGGGUAGCAGCCGCACACCUGUCGAAGGAUGCAUUAUGGUUGCGUCAAGCGACAGGAGCGUCAAGUUUCAUGAAGUAUGGGCGGCAGACAAGAAGGCAACGCCUGUUGGGUUUCUGGAGGAUAUUAACAAGGAUGAGAUGGUAAUUCGCUGA